AUGAAUGGUUGGUGGAAAGUAAUGGAAGAGUGGAAGCCUAGCUUUGUGAUGGUGUUGGUGCAGUUUGCAUACGCUGCAACCAGUGUUCUUGCAAAGCUCGCCGCCCACGACGGAAUGAGCAUGCGAGUUCUUACUGCAUACCGUCUCAUCUUCGGAGCUGCUUUCUCACUUUCUCUUGCUCUUAUUUUCGAAAGAAAGAACAGGCCAAAGUUGACAUGGCGGGUGCUUUGGAUGUCCUUCUUCUGCGGUCUAUUUGGGGGGAGUCUAUUCCAGAACCUUUUCAUGGUUUCAUUGACUUUGGUGUCAGCAACAUAUGCAUACGCUGUUUUUAAUAUGGUUCCUGCCGUCACUUUUAUUCUCUCCUUCUUCUGCGGCUACGAAGAGUUAAAUGUGCGUAGUACAGGAGGACAGAGUAAGGUGUUGGGAACGAUACUAGGAAUUACAGGGACAAUGUUGUUGUCUUUUUUUAAAGGGACAAAGAUUAAUGUAUGGAACCUUGACGUUAAUCUUUUGCAUGCAAAUCACACAACAUCGCGUGCUCACUCCAAAGCUGAAUGGGUAGGUAUUCUCAGUGGCAUGGGAAGUUGCUUAAGUUUUUCAAUCUGGCUCAUCAUUCAGGUUAAGGUGAGUAAGCAAUAUCCCAGGCAUCACUCAGGUUCAGCGUUGAUGAACUUAAUGGGUGCACUACAAGCCACGGCUCUUGCCCUUUGUGUUGAUAAAGAUCGGAGUCAAUGGAAGUUGGGUUUGGAUAUUAGGCUUCUCACAGCACUUUUUACGGGAAUUGUGAGCUCUGGAUUUGCUAUUAUUGCGACUGCAUGGUGUGUACGAAAAAGAGGUCCAUUAUAUGCAUCAGUUUUCAACCCCCUAUGCCUUGUGCUCGUGGCUAUUGCUGCUUCUCUGUUAUUGCAAGAACAGCUAUACCUUGGAAGUGUAAUUGGAGGAGUGCUUAUUGUGUGUGGUCUGUACAUGGUGUUGUGGGGGAAGAGCAAAGACAUGAAAACGGUAACUCCAUUUGUGUCAUCAGAGAACACUGAAGAAUUUGUUGUCUCCGAGGUUGUUGUCGUGUCUAAGACAGAGAAUAGUGAGAGCAACGUUGUAAUAACAAAGGCUCGUGAUGAAUCUCUGGAAGGUAGAUAG